AUGGAGAAGGCAUUUGCAGGGGCAUGUGUUCAAAGUUUGUUCGAACCUAAAAAUGAAUUUUCUCUUUGUAUAAAUAAAUCAAUUAAAUUGCUUUUAAAAAAUGUAGAAGAAAAUAAUAAUGAAGAUGAAACAAAUGAUAGUAAUAUUGUAAAUGAAAAAGAAAAAGAAUGUGCUGAUGAUAACUUAUCAAUUUUUAAUGGCUAUCUUUAUUUUAAUCGAAUUAAGAAUAGCAUAAAUAUGCUACAUACUGAAUUGUCGACUAUCAAAAGUGAUUUUAUGUUUUUAAGCAAACGGACAAUAUGUGAUGUAAAAAAAUUAAAAAGAGUUAAAAAAAAAAAUAAAGUAUACAAAAGAUUAUUAGAACAAAUCAAAAAAUAUAGAAAAAAAAAAGAAAUUUAUGAAAUUUUAUCUAAAGAAGGUCAAAAAUUAGAAAAUGUUAGUAGCCUUCAAAAUAAGCAAAAUACAGAAAAACAGGAAAUCGAAAUUUUAAAAAAAAAAAUACAAACCAUUGAAAAUACUAUCAAAUUAAAUGAUGAAAAUAUUCAAAAAGCUAUUCAGCAAAUUGAUCAGGCUCUCCUAACCCAUGUUUCGUAG